GCCCCCGGGCUGAGGGCGGCAGAGCGGGGCAAGAUGGCGGCAGGGGGCGUGCGGUACUUCUGCACUGCGGGCCGGGGACUGGAGCCCUUCCUGGCGCGGGAGGUUCGGGAGCGGUUCGGCGCUACGGAGGUGGACUGCGUCUCAGGAAAGGUCUUCUUCAGCACAGGAGCGGAACCGGGGCAGCUGAGGAAACUCAAGUCUGGAGAGCGAUUGUUUUUGCUGCUGAAGAAACAGCCCCCGCUUGGGGUGUCCGGCAGCAAAGGGAAAAUGCUGCACGAGAUUAAAAGCCUUGUCAUGGAGGAACCAAAGUGUUGGCUGGAUGUUCUCUCUUUUUGGAGAGAACUUAAUGGAAGUGAGGGGAAAAAAGAGGAUGUCUCUCAAGAAAGCCCAUUGCCUCUGAAGAGGAAAUCAGAAGAAGAGACAAAUAUUGCAGCUAAAAAGCAGAAGACAGAACAAGUGAGAAAGACUGUGUCUGAGGAAUGUCAAGUGGAACUUGGAGAGAGUUGUAUGGUACCAGAGGAGAAGAGUGACCAGGACUGCUGCACUGAAAGCAAGACUUCCUUAGAAGACACUUCCAAAAGCAGUGAACAGGAACCUAUUGCAAAUGAGCACCCCAGCUUCAGUUUCAGAGUUUCUUGUCGUUGUAGUGGAGCAAUUGCCAAAAUACUUACUUCACAGGAGAUUGGAAGAGCCAUUGGCAUAGGACUGAUGAAGCAGUUUGGGUGGCGGGCUGAUCUGCGGAACCCCAGUCUGGAGAUCUUCGUACAUCUUAAUGACAUUCAUUUUGUGGUGGGGAUUCCUCUUUUCAGGCUUCCAUUGGCAAACCGAGAGUACAUCAGCACAGCAGGACUGCGGUCAACAGUUGCAUGGGCCAUGGCAUCACUGGCUGAAAUCAGGGCGGGCGCCUUUGUGCUGGAUCCCAUGUGUGGGCUGGGAACAAUACUGCUGGAAGCUGCUAAAGAGUGGCCCGAAGCCUAUUACUGGGGUGCUGAUAUAAGUAAUUCACAGAUAGAGGGUGCAGAUGUGAACAUUAGAACUGCAGGCUUGAUGGACAAGAUUGGGUUACUUAAAGCUUCUGUAAAAGCAUUGCCGUUGCCUUCAGAAAGCUUUGAUGCUGUGAUUUCGGAUAUUCCAUUUGGGAAGAAGUUCAAGAUCACAAGAGACAUCCAGCUUCUACCAGAUAUUCUCCAGGAAAUGGAGAGAGUACUUCGUGUUGGAGGCACUAUUGUGUUGCUGCUGAGUAAAGAUCUCCACAACCGCAUGGAUGGCAUUACCAGGUGUGCUGAAAAUGAGCCUUCCAAUGCCAUUUCUGAAGGUGCAAGUGAAACCACCUCUGCAAAAGCCUUCAGUAUUGAUGGGAAUUCUUCCUCCGUGGUGAAUGGUGUUGAAGACUCCUUUCUCAGCAGCCAACAGAAACAUUUUGGGUCUCUGGUGCCAGAUGGCAUCUAUGGGGUUAGCCUGGGAAGGACAGAUGCUUUCAUACACAAAUACAGGAAGAUCUCUAGUGCUGUGAAUUGACAGCUCUCCUGCACAGUGCUGAAGUGAACCUGAAUCCUGAUACACUUGAAAAGCAUCGAGGCAGUGACCCAGUGGAACUCUGCUGAUCCAAAUGAACCCUGUGCCACUUGUUAGCUCACCAUGCUUUCUUUGGAUGUCCUAAGGUGUUGCUUUUCCCUCUUUGGUUUUUAAGAGAGGUGGAAGAUCUCUGCUAGUCUUCCAGAUGUUUUACUGUAAACAUAUUGUAAUGAGACAGAGUCCCAAAUCCAUGUCUAGGCAAAGCCUCUCAGCACUGGGAGGAGUCUCUUUGGGAAAGGAAGCCUUAAUUUGCAGAUCUACACAAGACCAAAUUGUGGUAAUGUGAAAUCUAAAUGGAUUUUCACGUUCAGCAGUAUUUUUUAGGAAUCAUAUCCUGUCUGAAGAAGUCCCCAGCUCUUUUUGAGGGGUGGAUGUAUGCUUUAUCUUUCAGCUUUGUAUUUCAUUUUAAAGCUUGUUUCUGCUGAGAUUGCAGUGUUGCUAUUGG